AUGCCGACCGUGGCCAACACAUCGUCCCAGGGUUCCCGUCGGAGCGAUAGUAUCUCGUCUGGAUCGGUAUCGCCUUCGCUCUCGUCGUCGCCGUCCGGGAUGCUGCAGCAGUUUCCGGUCGUGGCGCAGGCCGUACCGCCGCCUUCGGUCGCGAUGGACCAGAAGCACGGCGUCGGGCACGUCAGGGCGAGAUCCGUCAACGGCGACUCGCCUCUGCUCGGAAGUGACAAGGAGUUCUACGAUAUCCCCAGUGCGCAUGGGAACGGAAACACGAGUCCGAACGCCAACAUCAACGCCCGUGCGGCAAGUCCUAGCGCGAGUACGAGUGCAAACCGUCCGAGUCCAUCGCCUAGGUCGGUUCCGGCAUGGCUCAUUGUUGGGGGUUGGAUCUGUCUCUCGACUGCAGUGAGUGCUGCGACACGACGCGAAAUAUGGUGUGGUAUCACGGUCUUUGCAACCACUGAUGCCCUCGACGCGUCGACCCUUUGGGCUGCCAGGUAAUCCUGUACAAGUAAGUCCACAGAUUGGCGGUCGCGACGCGUGAUCUUAAUCCGUCUGGUCCUGGCCACGUCGGCCGAGGCCACCAUUGCGGCUCGGCACUAUUUUCGGGUCCCGACGCCGAAUGCCCAGGAAAUGUUCCCGCUUAUUGACCCCGUAGAACCCUCAACUUUUCGUCAGCCGCGAGAUCAUGAUGGGCUCAAAACAGUUCAAGUACCCCAUCACCCUCACCUCGAUCCAUCUGCUCUACCAAACCAUCGGUUAGUUCACCCUGGCUGUGGCUUCGAUUUCGUAUUUCUGGCUGACCAAUAGACUGUGCCCUCGAUCGAUUCAGCGACAAGAUUGUUGCAUAGGUACACCAACCUGAUCGCCGGAGUACGAACACCGGACUACACCGCUGUCAGCAUGGACGAGCUCGAGACAGGCAGCAAAUCGGAAACAUCUGCGACCUACGCGACGACGUCGGCUCCCGAUGCGCGUCAGCUGCAGACCGCCAAAGACUCGGCCGUAUUUGUUCCGUGGGGUGAAUACAAAAGGCUGAUGUGAGUUGCUGAAAACAAGCGGUCCGAUUCUAAAAUUUUGGUUACUACGUGGGUAUGCUCACUCGGGGUGUGGCGCAUCGACCUCGACAGCAUCCCGCCCGCCGUCAUGUUCUCUCUCUCGCUCGUGCUCUCCAACUGGGCCUACCUCUACCUCACCACCGCUUUCAUCCAUAUGCUUAAAGCCGUCUCACCCGUCGCGAUCUUGCUCGCUGCUUUCGCGUUCGGGACCAAAACGUUCUCCGUCAAGUUGCUCCUGAUCGUUAUCGUCAUCUCGUUCGGUGUCGGCAUCGCUUCGUACGGUGAAACAUCGUUCAACAUGACAGGAUUCAUGAUUCAGGUUCGUUUCACUCUCCUUAGGAACGACUGUCAACGAUAACGUGUUCGAUCUGACGUGCCCCAUCCCCCGCUAGAUGACUGCGAUUGCGAUCGAAGCGACUCGAGUGACCUUGAUCCAGAUCCUCCUCGCGGGCAAGGACAUGUCGCCAUUAAAAUCGCUCUACCUUUUCGCGCCCAUCUGUCUCGCCAUCAACGUAUCUCUCAUCCUCCCCGUCGAGGGGUUCACCGCACUCGCUGCGAUCCCUAAGCUCGGGUUCUGGGUCAUCUUCUCCAAUGCGUCGUUGACGAUGGCGCUCAACCUCAGUGCGAUCUACCUCAUAGGCAUCAGUUCGAUGGUGCUCAGUCUGUCCAAGGUCGUCAAAGACGUCAUCAUGGUCGGAGGGAGUGCCUUGUUGCUCGGCGACAACCUGACGUCUCUACAGGCCGUUGGCUAUACGUGAGUUUCACCUCGGAACUCGACGCUGCCGCCCUCGAGUGCAUACACUGACGCUGUCGACUACUGUUGCCUGUCAUGCAGAAUCGCGACCGUUGGCAUGUUGUACGUUUUCUGAUCCUUCCGAGGGACCGGAACACCUGAAAGCAAUUAACUAACGUCUUACUCACUGUGCUCAUACAAAACAGGUACUACAAAGCACAGUAG